UUGUCGUAAGAACCUAAUGUCAAAUCAUAUGGUUGCUGUUUGUUUUUUGUUUUGUUUUUGGUCUCCGCUAUUCAUAGUUAGAUAUAUACCUCCCAGCUCAUGCGUUGCUUCGCUGUUGGAAUUCCGAAUUCCCGGUGCCACCUGAACGCACCAUAAAAGCCAAACGAGGUCGGUAGCAACCGUUAGCUGUCAGCCGGUCCCAGUCGUCGUGUCAGGAUGGAGGUGACACGCAGAUGUUUUAAAGACUGUUUAAACCUGGUGUACGCAGCGAUAGAGGAGGCUGACUUUCUUGCCAUCGAUGGAGAGUUUUCAGGGAUCAGCGAUGGGCCCAGCGUCAGUGCACUCACGAACGGGAUGGACACGCCAGAGGAACGAUACACCAAGCUCAAAAAGCAUUCCAUGGACUUUCUGCUCUUCCAGUUCGGGCUGUGCACCUUCAGAUAUGACCCGAAGGAGUCUAAGUACAUCACAAAGACUUUUAACUUUUAUGUUUUCCCCAAACCGUUCAACCGAUCAUCCCCCGACAUCAAGUUCAUCUGUCAGAGUUCCAGUAUUGACUUCCUGGCCAGUCAAGGCUUUGAUUUCAACAAGGUCUUCUGUCACGGAAUCCCUUACCUGAAUCAAGAAGAGGAGGCCCAGCUGAGAGAGCAGACAGAGGAGAGGCGGAGCCAACAGGCCAACGGCGUGGGAACACCUUCCUUCAUCUCACCAUCCUGCUCCAAAGGCCCCGCCCAUGUACCUGACGAGCACAAAGACUUCAUCAGCAGAGUGGUGGAGAAAGUUGAGACCCUUUUCUCCAGUAAAGAAAAGACCGUGGACUUGGAGCCGUGCACAGGGUUCCAGAGGAAGCUGAUAUACCAGACACUGAACUGGAAGUUUCCUAAAGGGCUCCACGUAGAAACCGUGGAAACAGACAAGAAGGAGCGCUUCAUCCAGGUCAGCAAGGUGGAUGAGGAGGAGAGGAAGCGGCGGGAACAGCAGAAAGUGGAGCGGGAACAGGAGGAGCUGAACGAUGCAGUGGGUUUCUCCCGGGUCAUCCACGCCAUUUCCAAGUCUAGUAAACUGGUGGUCGGCCACAACAUGCUGCUGGACGUGAUGCACACCAUCCACCAGUUCUACUGCCCCCUCCCUGAGGAGCUUCAGGACUUUAAAGAGGUCACAAUGUGUGUUUUCCCCAAGCUUCUGGAUACCAAGUUGAUGGCCUCCACUCAACCCUUUAAGGACCUGAUAAGCAAUACCUCUCUGGCCGAGCUGGAGAAGCAGCUGAACGACAGCCCCUUCAAGGCACCUGAAACUGAGGCGGCAGAAGACUUUCCCAGCUACAACACAGCUAAGGAGCAGCUGCACGAGGCCGGCUACGACGCCUACAUCACAGGCCGCUGCUUCAUCUCCAUGGCCAACUUCCUGGGCUCCUUCCUGACUCCCCCCAAAGCGCACGUCUCUGCUCGCUCCAAACUCAUCGAGCCUUUCUAUAACAAGCUCUUCCUGAUGAGAAUCAUUGAUAUUCCCUACCUCAACAUCACAGGACCAGAUUUGCAACCGAAACGAGACAACGUCCUCUUUGUCACCUUCCCUAAGGAAUGGAAGACCAGUGACCUCUACCAGCUCUUUAGUGCCUUCGGUAACAUCCAGGUGUCAUGGUUGGACGACACCUCCGCCUUUGUGUCCCUCAGUCAAAUAGACCAGGUGCAGAUAGCCAUGAACACCAGUCGCUACGCAGAGAGCUACAGGAUCCAGACGUACGCUGAGUACAUCCAGGCCAAGCAGCAGGACAAAGACAAGCUCGCACACUCUUCCAAAUCCUGGACAGAGGACGGCUGGGUGAGGCCUCACUAUGCUGCUUCCGCUGCUUCUGCUGGCUUUGGAUACUCCAGGUCCCUGAGGAAGCGCAGCAUCAGUCCCAUUCAGCCGGAACAGGGAAGCAGUGAGGCCGCCGCAGUGGACGGCUGGAGUCACUACUCGUAUUCAGACAGCAGCGAAAGCAAGAAGAGGAAAACUGACGACGUUGUGGAGAGCAAGACGUCAGAGGGAUGGCUAAAGACCACGGAGGCUUCAGAGUCCUCUGGGUCAAGUCUCGUCCCCGAGGAGGGCAGUCCUGAGGCUCCAGACCCAACGAAGGACGCUGAGGGAACGCUUGCCUGGCAACAGGCCGCCGCCGUACCCGGUCAUAUUAGUCAGAAGACCAAGAAGAAGUCUGAAGCCGCCGGGGCGUCAUCAUCGCUCUUCGAGGUUCCCGAGGUGUGGUAGCAGGAAGUGGGGGAGAAACCAAGCAGCAGCAGCCGCCACCACUGCUCACGGUCCUGUUUUCCGAAGCACUUGGGACAUUCCAUGACCCGGAACAGCAGGUGUGGACUCAAACGACACAAGCCAUAUGUGACAAGUCUUCUGGUUGGCAACACGACAAACACAAUCCUUUUCCAAGUUAUUUUAUAUGAGACCUGUUGGUAAUACUGCAAAGGAGUGCCACAGUCACGCUGGAGUCUUUUUAAUGGCGUCGCCACUCUGAUUGUCGUAUAUUUUAGUGUGUUUACGUUCAUAAGCUGCCACUCAACAUCAGGGUUCAUAAUGUGUAUUUAAAAAAAAAAAAGCUAGUUUUUUUAAGCUGUGUAAAACGACCAACUCCUGUUUUAUCCAGCAUAAAUAUAUAUAAAUGUGUCCACAAUAAUGUGAUAAUUUAUUACAGCUGUAAUUUGACCCUUCAGGUGGUGCUUCUUUGUUUUUGUACAGAUGUUGUUUUUGUAACCAGCAUCUAUGGCAAACGUGUAAAUGUAUGUUGUUUUUUUUUCUUUUUGUAAUGAGGUAAAAAUGUAAAAAUAAAAAAAAAUCUCCUUGGAAAAGGGAGAAAAUAAAAUAAUUUUCUUACUA